AUGAACGCGUCGCAGCGCCCAGUCCCCUUGUCACAGAUCAUGCCUCCGCUCGUACUGGGUGGGGCAGGGUUUAGCCAUCAGGUGCAUCAGAAUCCAAACGCGACGCAGACUCUUAAGGUUCUCCAAAGAGCAUUCCAGCUUGGAUUACGCGCUAUCGACACCUCGGCCUACUAUCAUCCAUCGGAGAUACUACUUGGAGAAGCCUUGUCCCAUCCUGAUAUGAGAAAUCGAUACUCGCGCGACCAGUAUCUUUUGAUGACCAAGGUCGGUCGAAUAACUGCGACGGAAUUUGACUAUUCGUCGGCAUGGGUUCGGAAGUCAGUGUUACGCUCGCUAGAGCGACUUCAUACGCCUUAUCUUGAUGUGGUGUUCUGCCAUGAUGUCGAGUUUGUUCCGGAGGCAGAGGUCAUGGAGGCUAUCGGUGUCUUGUUAGAGAUGGUACACGAGGGCCUGAUUAAAUACAUCGGCAUCUCGGGCUAUCGAAUCGAUGUACUGGCCCAAAUUGCUCAACGCGCUCGGACUGAAUUUGGCAGACCUCUCGAUAUCAUCCAAAACUGGGCUCAGAUGACACUACAAAAUGACCGACUUGCCCGAGAAGGGCUGAACGCCUUCAGAGAGGCCGGUGUCACCGUCGUUUGCAACUCCAGUCCUCUUGCAAUCGGUCUUUUGCGGGCGAAUGGGGUUCCUGUCGGCGACUUGGGUGAUUUUCAUCCCGCGCCUCUUGGUCUCAGAGUCGCAGUCAAGAAAGUGGCCGACUAUCUCGAUCAGAUUGGAGAAUCUCUGGCGGAGCUGGCUCUUCGCCAUGCCAUGCGUCGUGCUCAAGCUUUUUCUAGUCCUGACUUCCGUAUUGCCACCAUCACGGGCAUCACUUCUGUUGCCGAGGUGGACGAGAACCUCCGUACAGCCCAGGAAGUGCUUCAAGUAUCAAGCGAGCCCCGGUGGCUCUGGAACGAUGAAGCUGCAAGGCUUGGUGAUGGCGAUAUAAUCCGAGAGAAAAAGGAUCAGCUCUUGUGUGAUCAAGUUCACCGGAUAUUGGGAGAAUGGCUGGAUUAUUGCUUUCCAAGUCCAGGCGAUGACUGGGAUGUGACCACUAAGAAGCCUAUUGUUGCAAGUCUGUGA